AGAAUUUUUCAACGAAUUCUUUUCGAAAAUAUUUGACGUGCUGUUCUUGAGUGAAAAAGUUACACACACAAGCAAAGUCAUGACAAGAAAACGUUCGAGUCCGCUGGGACUCGAGGAGCUGGUGUCUCUUCUGGCCAUGCUGCUGAUGUUGCUGCCAGCGUUAACGCAAGCCGCCCCACUACAGGAAUACACGGAAGUUCAACAGUACCCGGAAGGCUGCUACUACAACUAUGCGCAUUAUAAUGAGGGUGACCGCAUCAUGACCAAUGAGCCGUGUCUCAACUGCACCUGCCACAAUCGCAUGCUUAUGUGCUAUCUGCGCGUCUGCCCAUUCACCAAGCCCAUUGGUCACGAUUGCAUUGUGGAGAAGCGCGAGGAUCAAUGCUGUCCCAUCAUUACCUGUCCAGAGGUUCCCGUCGACGUGCCUUAUCAUACACCCGAGCCAGGCACCGAGCUGAGCAUACCCGAAAAAUUCGGUUGCAGCAUUGAAGAGAAAUUCUACCCGGAAGGUGCACAGGUGCCCUCGAAUCCCAACAAGCCCUGCGAGCUGUGCUAUUGCAUUAAUAAUCAAACCAAAUGCGUUAUGCAGGAGUGCACCCUGCAUGUCGAUGGCUGCACACCCAUCUACAACAAAGGUUCCUGUUGUCCAGUGCGCUACAGUUGCGAUCAUGAGAAUGAUGUUCUUGAACUGGAGGAUCAGUCGACAACAACGACUACUGUUCGUCCAACGCCAGGCUUUAUUCUGACCACAACCAUGAGUCCAUCCGUUUCCACGGAUUGCAUUCACAAUGGCGAGAACUAUGCAGAUGGUGCUUCCAUCGAAGGCAAGAAUGCUUGCGAGCAUUGUUAUUGCAUGCGUGGCGAUAUUGUCUGUGCCGUCCAGGAAUGUGAAAUGCCAAUGACUACCGCCAGUGGCAAAUCCUGCCAUGCCAUGCCAGCCGCUGAGGGCGAAUGUUGUCCCAGCAAUUAUGUUUGCGAGGAUGAUAGUGCGACCACUGAAAUCAUUGAGAUUACCACCCAAGCGAUUAGCCGCGAUGAGGAUGGUAUUACCACAUCAGCACCAGUCAAGGAUAUUCACGGUGAAAUACCCAAAGAGGAUGUCGCUCUGCAGGAGCAUAUCGAUGAUCAGGAUACGGUUCCUGUCACUGAAAGCCCCGUUGAGGAGGUUGGCAGCGGCGAAGUCGAUCAAGAGGUCACCAGCCUUGCACCAGAGCAUGACGAUAAGGUUAAGGAACAAGAGCCUGCGCCUUCUACUACUGCUACUGAUUCUAGAAUUGAUAUUCCCGUUGAGUCAUCCACGACGACCUCUGCUGAGGAAGUCAGCGGCGAGGAGGAUGUUGUUAAGGCCACAACACCAAGCACACUGGAAGCUGCCAAGCCAGCCGAACCCACCAAGGAAGGAAGCGGUGCAGAAGAGGGUAGCGGUGAGGAUGAAGAUUCUACAGCCAUACCUGCUAAGACAACCAGUGAGGAAGACAAAGACAAAGAGAUGGUCAGUGCUACAACGCCUGCUGGAGAUGUUACCGACAAGGAGGAUGUUGCCAAGGGUACAACUCCCGCCGAGGAUGUCAGCGAUGAGGAUGAUGUUGCUAAGGGUACAACUCCCUCUGCAGAUAUUAGUGAUAAGGAAGAUUCUUCCAAGGGUACAACUCUUGCCGGCGAGGAUGUCAGCGGUGAAGAAGAUAUCGCCAAGCCUACAACUCCAGCCAAGGAAGUCAGUGGAGAUGAGGACAUGGUCAAGGCUACAACUCCUGCCGGAGAUGAAAGCGUUGCACAGGACACUGAUAAGCCUACUAAAGAUGAAAGCGCUGAAAAAGAUACCGACAAACCUACAACGCCUGCUGGCGAUGUUAGUGAUGACACUGAUUUUGUCAAGGCCACAACUCCAGCUGGAGCCGCAAGUGAAGAGGAGGGAGAUAAGGCAACUACUUCUGCUGAAGACAUUAUCGGUGAUAAGGAUAUUGUCAAGGUAACAACCCCAGCUGGACCAGUUAGCGAUGAGAAGGUCGACAAGGCUACAACUCCUGCUGAAGACAUUACUGGUGAAGAAGACUUGGUCAAGGCAACAACUCCUGCUGGUACAGUUAGUGAUGAGAAGGUCGACAAGGCUACAACUCCUGCUGAAGACAUUACUGGUGAAGAAGACUUGGUCAAGGCAACAACUCCUGCUGCACCACUUAGCCAUGAGAAGGAGGACGAAGCAACGUCUUCCGCUGAAGGCAUUACUGGUGAUGAAGAUGUUGCCAAGGCCACAACUCCUGCUGGAGCAGUUAGCGAUGAGAAGGUCGACAAAGAUACAGCUGUUGAUGAAGACAUUAGUGAUGAUGAAGAUUUGGUCAAGGCAACCACUCCUGCUGGAGCAGUUACUGAUGAGAAGGUCGACAAAGAUACAACUCCUGCUGAAGACAUUACUGGUGAAGAAGACUUGGUCAAGGCAACAACUCCUGCUGGUACAGUUAGUGAUGAGAAGGAAGAUGAGGCGACAACCUCCGCUGAAGAUAUUAGUGAGGGCGAAGAUGUUGUCAAAGCCACAACUCCUGCUGGAGAUGUCAGUGUUGCCGUGCACAAGGAGACGACUCCUGCCAAGGAUGUCAUUGGUGAUGAUGAAAUCGUUAAGGCUACAACUCCGGCUGGUGAAGAACCCAUUAAAGAUUCUGAAUCGGUUACAACUCCUGCUGCAGCAGUUAGUGGAGAUGAGGAUGUUGAUCAGACUACGAGUCUUGCCGGUGAAGUUAGCGGUGAGGAAGACAAGGAUAUUGUCAAGCCAACCCCGAGCACAACAUCUGAUGAAGACGAUACGGUCAAGGCUACAACUCCUGCUAAGGAAGAUGAGACUAGCGUUGAGAUUACCAAGUCUACCACUCCCAAAACUGUGGAUGAGCAAGAGACAACCGACAAGGAUGCCAGCAAGGAUGAAGAUGUCCAGACCUCCACCACUGAAGGCGUUAGUGCCCAGGAUAGUACAGAGAGCACUUCAGAAGAGGAGAAACCAGCAGUACAGAGCACCACGGGUUCGCCCGUAUUUGCUGAUGAGAAGGAAGAGCAGGCAACAACUGCGCUCCCGACUUCAGAUGAUGAAAGGGAGCACGAUCAAACAGAGCAACCCAAAAAGGAUGCAGUGGAGUCGACCACUCCCAAAGCAACAUCAACUGGAAAGAUUGACGAAGACACAUCUACUGAAGCAGAACCAGAUAUCGUGGCUUCAGUUGACAAGCAGACCACUGGUAGCGCCGACAAGCAUGAGGAUGAAGAUGCAGCUACCCAAGCUACACCGGCCAAGUCUGAUAUUAUUCCGGAUGUGGAUCAAAGUACAGCCAAGCCACACGAAGGAGAUGAGUCGUCAACCGAUAAGCCGACAGAAGUUUAUCUGCCACCUGUCACCGAGAAAGUUGAUUUCAGCACCGAAAUUCCCUAUACAAGUGACGAAGAUAUCACUGCAUCCACAUCUGAAGAGGAAACGCCAGAGCCAGCCAAGGUUACUCCCGUUGACAGCCAAAAGGAUAUUACUCCUACAUUGGCUCCCGCUGCAGAAGAUGAGACCACUGACGCUGAGAUGCCAGACAUGCAGCUGCCAGCAAUUAUACCUGGAGAGGGUGACUGCCUGGUCGAUGGAAAAACCUAUGCCAACAACACCAAUGUGCCAGCAACAACACCCUGCGACGUAUCCUGCAAGUGUAUCAGCAGCAUUGUCUCCUGCACGCCAAUGGAGUGCAAAAUUCCCGAGGACCGCGAGAAGUGUAUCCUGGCUACUGACCUCCUUGACGGUUGCUGUCCAACUUACAUUUGUGAGGGUGACUCCUCGACUGAACAGCCCGCUGAUUCGACUUCAGAGGACAAGUCGACAACUGUCAAACCAGACGCAAGUGAAAAGCCUGUUGAAAGUAUCGAUCAUAGAAUCGAUUCGACUGAAGAAAUACCAAAGGAUGUCAUUAUGCCUUCUGGCAUUACUGAGCAGCCAAUGUCUCACAUUAAGCCCGAUGACGAAACAUCUUCAGUAACUACAACAAUGCCCGGUCUGGAGGAAGACACAACUCCCAAAGAGAUCAAGAAACCAACCGAAGAUCGUCCGUCCGAAGAAGAUAAGGAUGACAUCGUGCCUGUUACCGCUGCCCCUGAGAAAAAGCCAACUACACCAGAAGAGGAUGCUGAUAAGCCAACUGAAACUGAAUUGCCAACAUCUGAUGAAACUGGCAAGCAACCUGCUCAGGAACCAAUGACAACACCCGCAUCGAUCUCGGAUGACGAACAAAAGCAGACUGAUGAAACAUCGGAUGCCACGACAGUCGCCCCUGUUUCCGAGGAACAGAAACCAACUAAGGAUGAGAAGCCCGUUGACGAAAAGAUUGACACACCAGAAGAUAAGAUUACGAUUACUACUCCUCCAUCCGAUGAAACAUCUACCGAAUCUGAUGAAGAGCCGUCAUCCACUGAGUCGCAUGUCGGAGAUCUUGAUAAGAAACCAGUUGAAGAAGAUCUUGUGGAUAAGGUCACAACAGUGGCCCCGUCUUCUGAUGAGGAGCCUACUGACGAGAAGCCCACUGAUGAAACGUCUUCUGUUAAAAAGCCUUCUGAUGAAAAGCCUUCUGACUCUACUGAAGACAUCAGUGCUGAUACAACUCUGCGCCCUGAUGCCGAGGAGGACCAAGACACCAAGAAACUGUUUGUUCCAACCACUGAGAAGUCCACAGAACCAGAAGAGGAUGUCACGAAACCUGCAGAAGCAGAUGAAGAAACAAGCACCGAGGCUGAUAUUGAACAGAAACCAGCUUAUGUAUUGGACACUGCAUCCAAGGCUCCAGCUACUGAGGAGGACAAAGAAACAUCUGAUGACGUAUCCACAACUGUGGCUCCAACAACCGAUGAUGAUGUAUCGAAGGUUCCCAAACUCCCUGUGGACAUCUCCGGAGCCGAACCAGCAACAACUGUGGCCUCCGAUGUACAGGAGGGUGAGAAGAAACCAGCCCAUGAUGGAACAACUCCCACAUCGGCCGACAAUGAAAUUGAGCCAGCUGUUACUGUUUCUCCGACCGUUCCAGACAAGGAAGAUGCUGAGAAACCAUCUAUCGCAAUCACACAAGAUACUAUUGUUCCUUCCACCAUUAGCCCAACACAUGAGAAGACUCCAGAAGACAUUAUUGAUGAGGUGUCAACUGCUACUGUUGCUCCUGUUUCUGAUGAUACUAGGAAGCCAGAGGACGAAUUGGUUGCCUCAAUACUUUCAUCCACAGAGGCCGACAUUGAUAAGGAAACAGAAGCACCCUCAAUCUCGACAUCUACACCUUCCGAUAAGAAGGAUCAAGAAGACAAGAUUGACACCGCCACAGAUGAUGUACCAAUUGAAGAAGAACCCAUAUCUUCGACAGAUAUGCCUACUUCUGACAAACCUGAGGAUGCUACACAGAUUGUGCACGUUACUGAGCAACCACAAACGCCAGAGGACACAAUUACACCUUCAACUUCUGCAACAUCUGUCCAAGACGACGACCAUAAGGCUCCCGUGGAUGAAGUUGACGAGGAUCUGGCUGCCACAACUGCAGUUCCCUCAGCUCAAGACGACACCAAGAAGUCAACUGAUGAAGAUGCAACUUCCACACCUUUGGGUGCCGAUGAGGACAGUAAGCUUGGAACUACCACUGUUCCUAGCAUUGCAGACAAAAAGGAAGAGAAGCCAUCUGACGAAACUGCAUCAACCUCAGCGCCAGUCACAGGAGAUGAGAAGGAAACACCAGAAGAUAAAUAUGAUGCAGCAACCAUUGCUCCUAGCUCUGACGAGAAGAAGGAACAGAAACCGACUGACAAAGUGGAACCCGUUGAUAUGGGAGUUUCUGUGCAAUCAACUGAUGCGCCACUGGAAGAUGUAUCUACGGAAUCUGGUGAGCAGCCGGAAGAUGAACUUUCCCCAUCAACUGCAAAGACACCCAUCGAAGUGGCUACUGAAACAGCGACAAAGACGCCAACUGAUGUUGAGCCUGAAGACUUGGACAAAUACACCACAGUUGCGCCAUCUUCAGAAAAAGACACUUCGAAACCACCUUCUGAAAAGGAGCCCACAACUUCUGGAGAGGAAGAUAUUCAGAGUUCAACAACUGUUCAGCCAGCGCCAACUGAUGACAAGAAGAUGCCACCAUUGCCUACACCUCCAUCAUCAAUUGAGCCACAAAAGGAAACCAAAAAACCUGUUUCUUCUGAUGAAACUGACAUCACAACUCGUCUUCCAUCUACGGAAGAUGAUGGCGCACAUAUACCCAGUGAUGUGGCCCCGACAGCAGCUCCUGCUGACGAAGAUGAAGACAAGUCAGACGCAACAACUGUUGCACCAGCUGAAGAAGGGAUUGAAAAAGAACCAGCAGAUAAACAGAAACCAGAAGAUAGCUCUGAAUCCACAGCAGCUCCUCAGCCUGACGAAAGCGCAGAGCCCUCCGAAAAACCCUCUUCUACAGCUGCUCCCUCAAGUGAUGGUCUGGAAGGUGAUGAGUUUGAUGCAACAGAGCGUCCCUCUGAGGAACCAGAUAAGAAACCGAUUGAACCGCAGAUUGCAUCCACAGCUACUCCCACUGAGGAGGAAGCUAAACAGACAAGCACAUCAACUACCACUUCCAUCAAGGCUGAAAUUUCUACUCCUACUGCUGAUGAAAAGAUCGAUAUUGGUACUACGCCUGCAGGAGUUGCUCAAGAUGGGGAUGGAGUUAGCGAUAAGACAGAAGAUACUGGUGUCACAGAGCAAGCUCCUGUUGGUGAUACCAUUGCCACAACACCUGAAGCCGACGCAGAUCAAGAAUCACCAAUACCGACCACGCCUAAGACUCAAACUUCGCCUGAUACUACAGUCAGUCCAAUUAUUGUUCCUGGUGCUGAAGAUGUGGAUACCAAGCCAAUGGACGAUGGCAUGUCACAAACUGACGAAGGAAAAGAACCCAUUGAGGACAUCGAAACUGCCACAACUUCUGCUGAAGAUGCUGACAAGACUACCGUUACAGUUACUCCUAUUGCUCAUGACGUUGAAGCAACCAGCGAAGAUAGCAAGAAACCAUCUGACACCGAAGAUGUGGGUGAGGAAACGACAGAGCCAAGUGCUGCUCAGGAUGAAGACACCACUGAUCAAACUACUGGUGCUAAACUGAAGCCGCCAGCACCAGUGCCAACAACGGAUGAAACUGUCACUAAGACACCUUUGGACGAGGACGAACAAACUGGCAAGCCAGACCUGGACAAGGACACACCAGUUAAGUCCACUGAAGCACCAGAGUCUGAGGAACAUACCAUUAAGCCAUCAUAUGUUAAGCCAAGCUUGGAUUCGACUGAGGAGGGUGAGGAGUCUACAGAGUCGGAGGAGGAGCACACUCCUCAGGUUCCACACAAGGAAGACAAGGGAAGUGAUGAAUCCAAGGAAUCCGGGGAGACAGCUACUGAGCCCGCUCAGAAGAAACCCGAGUCAGAAGAGCCCGAAGUACCAGCUGUUGUCUCUGAGAUACCACAUACAACAACAAAGCCGGAAGAAGCAUCCACAGAGAUUGCGAGCGAGGAACCCGCCACAGAGCAACCAGAUAUUCCCAGAAUCACAAUGCAUCCAUUGUUCGCAUCGCACUUCACCAGCACCACCAAGGCGCCUGUUAUCGACAGCAAACUGGGUGUGGGUGAAACGGAAGCUACACCAACAAAAGAGACGACAACCGAAUCCCCGGUCACAACAACAACAGCAACGAGUCCACACCUGGAGCCCAUCACACCACCAAGUUAUAGCCAAUCACCACAGUAUCCAUCCUAUCCCGAGGACGAAUACGACGAGGAGGAGGUCUUUGGACCAGGCACCUGUCGCUAUGCGGGCAAGAUCUAUGUGUCUGCCCAGCAAAUACCACGUGACGAUCCUUGUGACUUCUGCUUCUGCUUUAGAAGCGACAUCAUCUGCUUGCAGCAAUCUUGUCCGCCACCAAUUGCUGGCUGCCACGAGGAGCCAAUCUCUGGCUUCUGUUGUCCACGAUACGAGUGUCCCGUCUCAAUGGCCGCUGUGCUCAACAUAACGACAAGUACAACAACCACAAGCACCACACUGCCACCACACUUCUUGAACUACUCUCACGGUGAUGCCGUGCAACAUACCGGCUGUCUCAUCAACGGCCGUUCAUACAAGGUGGGCGAACCCAUCGAAUCCACAAGUGGUCCCUGCAUCAGCUGCACUUGCGGUGGUGAUGGCAAGAUGAAGUGCGAUCCACAACAAUGCGUUCCGGAGCCAACAAUGCAGCAGGUGAUGGCUGCUGUGGCGUCUGGCCGUAAAAGAUGAACCACCAGCCAUGCACACUAAAUAUAAUUUUAACUAAUUUUUAAGCACUGCAAACAAACAAUCACAGAAAAGAAAAGAAAAGUAAAAACAUAAAAAAAACAGACGAAUCCCAAAUUGCACCCACAGAGCUGCAUUCCUCACGUUUUUCGAAAGGAACAAGAAUAACAACAAAUGAAUAGAAAAUAGACUCCGGUAACAGAAAUAGAACAGAAAACAAUACGAAAGGUGCCAAAAACUGGUGAAAAUAUAUGCAACCCACUAAUAAUAUCAGAUCAGAAAUCGUAAUAGUAACUUUAAGUUUUAACGCACUUUUUUCCAAUUUGAAUUCCAAUUUUGUUUCGGAUUAGGUUACGUGACGAAGCAACCAGUGAUAUUGUACUGUAUACAUAGUAUAGGUGCAAUUAAUUUAGAACGCGAUCACUAAAAAAAAUUAAUUACUUACAGCCCCCCAAAAAAAAAAAAACCCCUCCCUUUAACAAUCCCCAGCAGCGUUCGACGAGCCUUGUAAAGUCGUUUCUUGUGUCGAUAAAUAAUGCAACCGCUUUCAGGAGAGACUCAAAUCCUAAUUCAAAAAACAUUUGCACAAUUAAUGACUUUACGAAGCCGCGACGGAAAAGCUAUGGAAAAAGAACCGUUUCUUUUUGGUUAGCAAUAACACUUUUUCUUCAAUGCGCUUUUAUAGAAUUUUAGUCACUUUAUAUAUUUUA